CCACGUGGCAGAAACACUAAAACGAAAUAGAAAAAGGUGGGUCCCGCACACACCCCAAACAAGAAAAUUGCUCAUAGCUUCAUCCCAAGUGCAAGUUCUUAUCAAGUCCCAUAAAUCACAAUCAUUAACAACAUUUCAUUUUCCACACACAGAACGAAAAAAACGAAGACAGAAAGGCAGCUUUGUGAAAGAAAGGGAUGGAUGAAACAUGGAUGCAAUUCUAGGUGGUGUUUUGGGUUUUAUAUUCGGCACAACACAACUGUUAUUAAAAUGAGUGUCGCGUAAGAUGUUAGGUGUUAAUGAGACUUGUUGAAUUCAUUCGAAUUAUCGAUCAAUUACUUAUAAGUCACUUAUAGAAUGAGAAUUGGAUAAACACUAAAUUAAAUUGGCUAAACAGUUAUUCGAAUAAAAUUUAUAUCAACAUAAAUAUUAUACAAUCCCGUAAUAAACAUAAUUUACAUUGCUCUUCAAAUUUCUUCAACCAAUUAGAAAUCACGCAAUCUCAUCCACCUAUGCAGCAAACUAUGUUCUGUUACGAUCAAAAUAGUAAUGAUUAAGUGUUGGUUUUUAUUUGUCAGACCAUGUGACAUGCAUGGUAACAUUUGGGUCAUGUAAAUCCCUCCCCAAAAAAAGGCUAAAACGGUGACUUUGAUCUCCCCACCGCCACAUGCUCUCUUUGUUUCCCGCCCACUUGCUUAUAAUUAGCAUUAAUUAAACUACAUAAAUAAGAGGGGGGGGAAAUUAAAUUUAACACCAUGAAAACGAAUAAAUGACACCAUGCCCAAAUACGAACCAGACCAGAAACACAAUUAAAAGGACCGGUCAGGUCAGUCGGGUCUGUUCUGGUUUCGGUCAGUCCUCUCCUCGCAGGUUUACUUUCCAUUUUCCAAGCCCCCCCAAACACAAACCCAACCGGUUUCGGGGUUUUAAACCAGUUGCAGGCUUGUAGCAUAGAAAAAGAAUAGCAACCCUAAUUACCCCUACACCAGGUUCCAAUUUGUUUCCCUAUUCUUCACAUAUUUUGUCCUUUUCGGUCUUUUACUUUUUUUCGUUAGAAACAACUAAUUGUUCUUUUAUGAUCUGUGUACAGGCUGAAGAGAAGAGAACCCAUCUUCCCUGCCACCACUGGCCCUGCAAUAUAAAUACUCUCCCCCUUUUUUGAUUUCUCUCAGAACGAACCAACACCCACACGCAAUUCUUCUUCUGCUCGCUAGCUGCUUCCUCCCUCUCUCUUUCUCGCCGCCUUGCUUCCGACCCACCCUCCAACAAUGAAGAAAGUGGUUCUCAAGGUCGACGUACACGAUGACAGGACGAAGCAGAAGAUCAUGAAGGCUGUCUCCACUCUCCCAGGGAUCGAUUCGAUUGCCGUUGAUAUGAAGGAGAGCAAGAUGACCGUCAUUGGGAGCGUAGAUCCGAUCGAAAUUGUUACCAAGCUGAAGAAACACCAUUGUCACUGUGAUAUACUGACGGUCGGACCACCAGCCGACCCGAAGAAAGGAGACGAGAAGAAGCCGGACCCGAAGAAAGAGGCGGAGAAGAAGAAGGAAGCCAACCAGCAGCAGGCGCAGAUGUUUCAUCCUUACACGGUGGGUUACAACUACGAGCCUUAUCCGUACAUGGCGCAGCCGUCUUACAAUCAUCCCCACAACCUGAAUUACAAUUACCGAUUGGUGAGUCCCGACGAGAAUCCCAACGGCUGUGUCAUUUGCUGAAAUUCACCAAUUAGAGUAAUAGAUGUAUAUGGAUGUGGCGGUGGCGGUGGCGGUGUGAGAGUUGGGAGAUAGAAAGGGUUUUUUUCCCGUGAUGUGGGUUUCUGUUAUUAUCAAUAGGAAGUGAGGAUUUCGUUGAUGUGGUUGUAUAAACAAACUCUGUAGAAAUUGCAAGCUCGAUUGUGGAUGCAGAGAGGCGGUACUUUUUCCGGGGAAAGGUUCUCUGUUUCUGGGUCACUUUAUUUCUCUGCGCUGGGUUUUCUUCACUCGGCUGUGUUCUUUUUGUUGGAUUGCGAAACACAACUUUUGAUCAGCCUAGAAGCUUCUUAGUUCCAUUGUUAAGAUUCAAUGCUUGCGACCUCUGAUUGACUAAACGGAGGUAGGGUUCUGAAAUUUCUAUUGGGUUUAGUCUCAUCCGUUUGUUUUCUGCAAAUUCGAAGCCUAAGCCUGGGUCAAUACUCAAUUCUUGCACAGCUCUGCAACUUAGGGGGGAAAGGAAUUGACUAGUAGAACUCUGCCUCUUUUAAUAAUUUGAUGAUUAUUGUUAAUUAAUCUGCUUACUUUGCCUUUUUCUUGUUUCUUUAAAAGAGGAUUAGGAUUAAGGGGGUCUGCCGUGAUUACCCAACAAUCUAUAUGUUUAACAUUGUUAAUUGUUUGCUUUGGCACUGACGUCUGAAGAACUCUCUUUUCUCCUGAGAUUUCUAUUUUUCUUUUCUUUGUCCUUUUCUGUUCCUCUGCUUUGUUUCUUACUUACUUUCUGCAUUUUUGUUUUGGGUGUUCUUAAGAUUCAACGUCCCCAAAAUGCUGCUGUCUUUGUGGUAAUUUGGCUGAAUCGGUGAAGGAUGGUAAGGACCCGUUUUUAAAACCACAAAAUGGAUAAGAAACAUUAAAUUUAGUUUGGGAGUAAUUAAUUUCAUCACCUUGGUAAUUUUAAAAAAUUGUAGUGUAUUAUAGUAUUUUUCUUAUUUCAUUUCGACACAAAUAUCUUAUAUUUCUUACCGCGCGUAAUUUCAUAUUACAUGUAUUGUUCAACACCUUUUGUCUACCCGACCAUUCAGCGGUUUAUUCAUUCAUGUGAAUCUAAUCUAACAAGCGUUUCCAGUCAAAUAAAAUAUAAAAAAAGUAUUGAACAUCGAACAAUGCAUUACCAAUAUCAUACUUGAUUUGCUAAACCACAACUUAGAACUUUCCUCUGAAACAUUCUGUUAUCCGAUUGAACAUUUUGGGGAUGCACUCUUGAUGGUUCAGAACAUGGGAAGUACCCACCAACAAGAAUCAAGGAAUCCACUCUAUAUUUGGGAACAAAAGAUUCUUGAUGUGAAAAAAAGUUGAUUCUCAAUAAUGCCACCACUUCAAUAAUAGGAGCAGAGGCUUGCGGGAACUCGCCAUGUUGUCUCCUUGUCAUUUAUGGUACUCUCUGUUUACUCAGAAUGGUCCGAAGACGGUGUGAUAAUCAACCGGUAGCUAAUUACUAUGCUAAAAGCUUAGUUAUGGUUUUAUGAAGGAUUUUAAUGGAUGGAGUCAUUUUCAGUUGAAACUUGUUGGGCAAUGCAAAGGAGUUGAGUUGAGCUGAGGUCAUGUGUCCUGUGCGAUUUGCCCACCAAAGAUCUAACUAAUCCUUUUGGCUUGUCUAAUCAAGCCGGCCCAUCUCA